CUUCUCAACAUCUUCUCCUGCCAAACAAGCAAGGUUUCAAAUGUGAAAUGCUAGAGAGAGAGAGAGUCUCUGAUUAGAAGAAAGCUUCAACUGUUCCAACAAUGGCGGAAAUCUCAGAAGCAGAACCACCCGUAUCUUCUUCACCAGACUCCCCAGAAAACAACAAGAAGUCAGAAAUUCCUUUGGACUUCGACCCCAACACCAUGCGAAUCACCAAACCCGGAUUGAAGCGCCUCAUUCUCUCCCUCGCCGUUCUCUUCUCCUUCCUCUUAGGUCUUCCAUUCUUGCUGAAAUCCAUCGAGAUAUACCGUGCACCUCUUCCAUUUCGCGACAUCGAUUCACUUUCAAAUUCAAUCGAAUCGACUCCACUGGUCUUCCCUUGCCGCUUCCACGCAGUCUUUGUAGGUUUCGAUCACAAAUCCUCACUCGAGUCGAGUGUGGAUAAGCUAGGGUUUUCAAUUCUAGGUCAUAUGACCAAGUUUACAGGCGAUGAUUCGGUUUGUGGCACUUGUGGUAACAAUUACACUGUUUCAGCAACACUAGACUCUGGUACUACUGAAUGUGUUCACAGUAAGAGUUUAGAACUCUCUUGCUUGUGGCGGUGCGGGGCAAUGAGUGAUUUCAACUUUGAUGAUGAUGAUGAAUUUGUUGAUGAGUAUUUGAAGUCUAUGUUAGGUGGUCAUGAGGGUGGGAAGGUUUAUACUGUUGUUGUGGUGAAAAGGAAUCAGGAAGUUAGGGCUGUGGUUGGGAAGCAUAGGCACGCAUGGAUUGUAGGUAGGGUUUUGGAGGUGGAUGCAGUGGAGAAGAUAGCUGAGAUUUUUGUUAAGAUCUUUGUGAAUGGUGGGAAGGAAGAAGGAUUGAUUCAUGGGGAAUUUAUGCCUGUGGGUGCUGAUGGAAAGGUUGUUCUUUCUUUCAAUUUGUUGAAUGCUGAUCCCCACGAUUGGAUUUAUGACUGGGAUUUUCAAAAGGUAGAUGAGAUUCUUUUAGCUCCUAUUAUUGAGGCUUUGGGACCUGUAGCAAACAUAAGUGUGGAAAGUCAGGUUUUGUACCAUACACCAAAGUCCUCAUUUUCUUAUUGGGAUGAUGAGCUGGAGAGUUACAUUUUUAGUGCCAAAGAUCUUCCUUUCUUUGUGAAUUCAAAUGAGUGGCAUCUAGAUACUUCCAUUGCAGCUGGUGGGCGGUCAAAAAUUUUGCAAGUUGUGGUAUAUGUGCCAUCUGCAAAUGAGUGCCCUCUUCUGUUACAACUUCCCAAUGGAGAGAUUUCCACGACAAAUGGUUUUAUAUCUCCAAUGUGGGGAGGUGUUAUUGUUUGGAACCCCCCAGGCUGUUUGAGAGAUUCAGAAAAUAUGCAACCUCUGAAGCAUAAAAUUGCCCAUCAGGACCUUCAGAAGGUUUUUGAAGUUUUCAUGGGGCAGUUGCGGCAACUUUUUGGUCUUAAAUCCAAUAACCUUUAUGUUGGAGCAUCAGGAACAUUUGUCCUUUUAGCUAGUGAAAGAGGCUUUACAGGAUGGGAAUUGGAUGUUUUGUCACGGCAGCACACAUGUUUUAAUCUUCUUUCAUGUGCAACAACCCUUGGAUCACUUUCCAGAUUGGUGCAAUCACUUCCAAGGAUGAUUAUUAUGGAAGAGAUAGGAAAGCAGGUAAAGUUCUCUCUCGAGGCUGCAAAUUUGGCUCAAAGUAAUGCAUCUGUUGGAAUUUAUGAUGCUUCAGCUGGUAUGCCCCUUGUACUUGUAGUGUCCUCAAGACAAGCAAGAUCCUUGGCAGAAGAUGCCUUUUUUCACCCCUCUAUCAUGUCUGUGAGCUAUUACUCAUUUGAGCAUUGCUUUGCUGUCUAUUCGCCGUUCUUUUUGCCGGUCUCGUUGCAUGUGCUACUUGCAGCUGUCAGGGAGUGGAGAAGGUACAAGCAAGAAAUGUCAAAAUACCUAGCAUGGAAAGCCAAAGGAGGAGGAAGGUAGCAUCAAAGGAACGAAGUGAAGACAGCCUGGGCUCUGUUACAUGGAGAAAAGUAUAUGCUGGUUCCAGAUACUAAGUACGCAUUUUAGUGUAUGUUACAGAAUGGGAUUUCUGGAAUUCAAGCUUCUGGUGCAGCCAGCUAUAAUGCUCUAUUUGAAUAUUAUUUAAAAUCUCUUUCAUUGCUCCAAGUUUUGUCUAUCGCCUUGUACAGUUGAUCUGUUUGGUUUUUUGGUUGCUGGAGUCCAUUGGUUAUGUAUUUUUAAAAUUUGAAAACAUUGUAAUGCUGAGCUGAGAUCUAUUUAAUUUCAGUUGAUAAGCUCUCUCCUGCUAUUUGGUUAUCACAGAUGCUUUCUUUCUUGUAC